AUGAAGCUAUCUACCGUUGCUGCCCCUCUUAUGACCCUUUUGGCCGUGGACUUGGCCGCCGCUGUAUGGACACUCCAAGCUGGGUCUCAACAUUGGUCUGGGACCAAACCUCAAUCCUGCACACCUGUGGAUAUUCCCCGGGGCGCGCAAAUUAGCUGGACAGGAACAAAUGGGGCUAGUACCGUCCAGUUCUUCACCACACAGGGAAGUUGCAAGAAUGUCUAUCGGACGGUGAUGGGAAUUGGGGAUAUCAAUGCAUCUAGCAAUAUUUAUGGAUUUGUGGUGAAAGCGUGA